AGCCGUUCUGGCUCGAGCCAUGUGGGCUCUAGUACUGUGAUUGCUCUACACUGGGGGCGCGCAUCAAGGAACCAUCUGCUUCUCGUCAGGGUGCCCUGGGUUUCUUCGCUCCUCACGCUGCGCGGUGACUUCCCGCGGCCGUUGAAGAAGCUGCUGCGUUCAGGGUGCCCUGGGACCCCCCCCCCAGUCACACCUCUCGCGCGGGUCUUCAGGGCUGGGCUUCUAGCGGCGGUUUCGACGGUUUCUUGCGGCCGCGCCCGCACUGCACCGUACCCUCGCUUGCGCUCUGCUCGACGUUCGAUGCGCACGUUCUUGACCCGGCCGUGAGCACACGCGAUGCCCUCGACGUGCCUGCUCCUGCCCUUCUGCUGCGCCGCGGGCGUGGGUGCCCUGCAGGUGCUGGAGGACACCCGCGAGCACCCGCUGCCGAGAGGAGGCAUCGACCGGCAGGAUUCGGAUCACCCCGUCGUGGGCGCCACCGAAAGAGGAGGUCGGCAGUGCCAGCCGACGCUGGCGGUCGGGAGAAGAGGUCGACAGUAGCUGGCGUGCGCCGCCACGCCUGCCACCCUCGCCGUCCAGUGGGCACGAGCCAGUCGCCCCCGAGCCCGAGCCGUUCGCUCCCGAGCCUGCCGAUGCCAGGGCCGUCCUGCUGUUCGGCUGCUCGCUGGACAAUUACGCAGUUGUGGACUUCUGUUCCCAAGGACGAAAGCUGGAUACUUACAAGGUAGACAGCUUCUCGCAUUCCAACUGGUGUUUCGACAGGUCCCUCAACGUAAAGAUUGGUGCCAUGUUCCACCCUGGCGUGGGGUACAAGGGGGACCUGGAGUACCCGUUCUGGCAUUACUGGGGAUCACCUUUGAGCGUUAUCUCGGGCGCGGGGAACUAUUCAACGAAGACGCUACUGGAUAAGUACGCGAUCAAUUUCUCGCAAAGCAUGUUCCAACGCGAGCCCGACAUGGUGGUGGUAGAUAGCUCCCUGUGGGACUUGGCCGUGUGGCAGCAAGAGGACGGCGACGACGAACGAGCGGAGCUGCCCCAGGAGCGCGUCCAGCAGUGGUGCCAGCACGACCUGCCCGGCCUGAUGGCAACGGUCUCCAGAACCUUCCCGGACAGCCGAGUCGCCUUCCGUACUGCCCCAGAGUGCCUUACGUGUUCCAUCAAUGCUUGCUGCGAAGUAUCGUGGUAUAUACAAGGAGCGCAGCUCUAUGGUUUUUCUACGUCCAAGGAUAAGCCAUAUUCACAGGAGACGUAAUUGGGGCAAGGAGGAGGUACGAUUUUGGGCCGUGGGAGGAGGUCGCGCGUUGUCUGAAAUUUAGAACUGCACGUCUGUAAGAAUUCAGCACUCCUGUGCCCUGAGUUCAGAGCGACAAUGCGACGUUGUGCACAGUUUCAUAGCAAGGCUUAACACUAGCUGCUCUUUUGCUGGAGUCGAGUAUUUGCAUCCUGGUGGCCCCCACAAGUUGCGCCGGAGGAUAAGUUCACAAACCGCAUGAUCGAGCAACUACAUGAAUGCAUCACGCAGUCCACGAGGAGAGGGAAGCUGUUCGGCAUGUACGAUAUCAUCGAUUUACGUGGCCUCAUGCAGAAUCUGAGCGCUGGCGCAUACCGUGAGUAUGCUUACCGAGAGGACGGCUACCAUCAGAGCAAGUACGCCUCACUACUCUACUUGAAUGAAGUUUUCCGGCACCUGCGAGAGAAAUGGUAGAGAGAUGUGGAGGACGACGAGUACACGGAGCGGUUCGAGACCGCCGUCUAUGUCGACAGCGCGCUCCUGGGAAAAGUGGUGGAGGUGGAGAGGGCGAGGAUGAGGCAUACGAAAAAGACAUAAACAGUGCAU